CACACGGGCCACGCCCCUGCGACAGCAGCUGUCAGACGCGCGGGGGUCCUGAGGCUGGGAACCGGCUGCACCGGUCGACCCCCCGUCUCAGCGCGCACUCUGUGUGGACACCCCCGCUUUGCCGAGGCCCCAGGUGCAGCGGGGCUCGCGGCAAAGGAGGCCGCCUGCUCGGUCCCCAUCCCAGUCCCAGCGCCCCUGGCUCGGAGGCUCCAGAGUGGGUGCUCUGGCUCCCGGAGCAGCAGGUGUCCAGGCGAGGCCUCCGAUUUCCCGGGGACUUCUGGCCCUCCUCAAAGGCCCCAGCCCUAUUACGGAGCCGUCCAUCCCGCGCCGCCGGAAACCGCGCCACCUCGCAGCAUGGCCACCAGCCUCGGGCCCGACGCUCCCCUGCAGCCGAGCGCGCUGUCCGCCCAGCAGACCACGCUCCUGCUGCUGCUGUCGGUGCUGGCCGCGGUGCACGCGGGCCAGUGGCUGCUGAGGCAGCGGCGGCGGCAGCCGGGGUCCGCGCCGCCCGGCCCGUUUGCGUGGCCGCUGAUCGGAAACGCCGCGGCGAUGGGCCCCGCGCCGCACCUCUCGUUCGCGCGCCUGGCGCGGCGCUACGGCGACGUGUUCCAGAUCCGCCUGGGCAGCUGCCGGGUGGUGGUGCUGAACGGCGAGCGCGCCAUCCGCCAGGCGCUGGUGCAGCAGGGCGCCGCCUUCGCCGACCGGCCGCGCUUCGCUUCCUUUCGCGUGGUGUCGGGCGGCCGCAGCCUGGCUUUCGGCCAGUACUCCCCGCGCUGGAAGGUGCAGCGGCGCGCGGCGCACAGCACCAUGCGGGCCUUCUCCACGCGCCAGCCGCGCAGCCGCCGCGUCCUCGAGGGCCACGUGCUGGCCGAGACGCGCGAGCUGGUGGCGCUGCUGGCGCGCGGCAGCGCGGGCGGCGCCUUCCUGGACCCGCGGCCGCUGACCGUGGUGGCCGUGGCCAACGUCAUGAGCGCCGUGUGCUUCGGCUGCCGCUACAGCCACGAUGACGCCGAGUUCCGCGAGCUGCUCAGCCACAACGAGGAGUUCGGGCGCACGGUGGGCGCGGGCAGCUUGGUGGACGUGCUGCCCUGGCUGCAGCGCUUCCCCAACCCCGUGCGCACCGCCUUCCGCGAGUUCGAGCAGCUCAACCGCAACUUCAGCAACUUUGUCCUGCGCAAGUUCCUGCGGCACCGCGAAAGCCUGCAGCCCGGGGCCGCCCCCCGCGACAUGAUGGACGCCUUCAUCCUCUCGGCGGGGACCGAGGCGGCGGAGGGCUCGGGCGACGGCGGCGCGCGGUUGGACAUGGAGUACGUGCCGGCCACUGUCACCGACAUCUUCGGCGCCAGCCAGGACACGCUCUCCAUCGCGCUGCAGUGGCUGCUCAUCCUUUUCACCAGGUAUCCACAAGUGCAGGCUCGGGUCCAGGAAGAAUUGGAUCAAGUCGUGGGUAGAAACCGGCUGCCCUGCCUGGAUGACCAGCCCAACCUGCCCUACACCAUGGCCUUUCUUUACGAAGGCAUGCGUUUCUCCAGCUUUGUGCCCGUCACCAUUCCUCAUGCCACCACCACCAGUGCCUGUGUCUUAGGCUACCACAUUCCCAAGGACACAGUGGUUUUUGUUAACCAGUGGUCUGUGAAUCAUGACCCAGUGAAGUGGCCUAACCCAGAGGACUUUGAUCCAGCCCGGUUCUUGGACAAAGACGGCUUCAUUGACAAGGACCUGGCCAGCAGCGUGAUGAUUUUUUCAGUGGGCAAACGGCGAUGCAUUGGGGAAGAGCUUUCCAAGAUGCAGCUGUUUCUCUUCAUUUCCAUCCUGGCUCACCAGUGCAAUUUCAAGGCCAAUCCAGACGAACCCUCAAAAAUGGAUUUUAAUUACGGUCUGACCAUUAAACCCAAGGCAUUUAGUAUCAACGUCACUCUCAGAGAGUCCAUGGAGCUCCUUGAUAGUGCCGUCCAAAAGUUACAAGCUGAGGAAGACUGCCAGUGA